AGGUUCUUGACAUUCAAAUGAUAUUGAAAAAUCCGCCGUCAGUGGUCGAUAGAUUUUCCCGGCUUUUCGCAAUUUUUACUACUUUUUCGCGCUCUUUUUCUGUGAAUUCCCUUUGCCGAAAUCAUGUCUGCAAGACCUUUUCUUCCAUCUGAGUCCGCUUGGCAGGAUAUUCAGGCGUACUUCAGUGAAAACGGUGCCAAAAUCAACAUCAAGAAGCUCUUUGAGGAAGAUGCCAAUCGAUUUGAUAAGUUCAGCCUGAAGCUCUCCACGCCCGCCGAUGGCGACAUCCUGCUGGACUACUCGAAGAAUCGCAUCACGGACGAAGCAUGGAAGAGACUGCUGAAGCUGGCCGAGGUCAGGAGGGUGGCCGAGGCCAGGACAGCCAUGUUCUCCGGGGAGCACAUCAACAUCACCGAGGAUCGCGCUGUCCUGCAUGUUGCGCUGAGAGAUCGGUCAGGCCAGGCCAUCUUGGUCGAUGGCAAGGACGUGAUGCCGGACGUGCGCGCUGUGCUGGCGCACAUGAAGGAAUUCUCCGAGCAAGUGAUCUCGGGCUCGUGGAAGGGCUACACAGGCAAGGCCAUGACUGAUGUGGUGAACAUCGGCAUAGGCGGCUCUGACCUGGGCCCUCUGAUGGUCACCGAGGCGCUGAAGCCCUUCAACAAGGGCCUGCGACAGCACUUCGUGUCCAACAUCGACGGCACGCACAUGGCAGAGACGCUGCGUCGCGUGAGUGCCGAGACCACGCUGUUCAUCAUCGCCUCCAAGACCUUCACCACCCAGGAGACCAUCACCAACGCCACGUCGGCGAAGACCUGGCUCCUGGAGCAGGCCAAGGACCCCUCGGCCGUGGCGAAGCACUUCGUGGCGCUGUCCACCAACACGGAGAAGGUGAAGGCCUUCGGCAUCGACGAGAAGAACAUGUUCGGCUUCUGGGACUGGGUCGGCGGACGCUACAGCCUCUGGUCGGCCAUCGGCCUGUCCAUCGCCCUGGCCGUGGGCUUCGGCGACUUCGAGAGGCUCCUAGAGGGCGCCUUCUUCAUGGAUCAGCACUUCAAGUCGGCGCCCCUAGAGAAGAACGCCCCGGUCAUCCUGGCCCUGCUGGGAAUUUGGUACUCCAACUUCUUCGGCGCCGAGACGCACGCUCUGCUGCCCUACGAUCAGUAUCUGCACAGGUUCGCGGCCUACUUCCAGCAAGGCGACAUGGAGAGCAACGGAAAGGGCGUCACGAAGGGCGGCGAUCGCGUGACUUACGGCACUGGGCCCAUCGUCUGGGGUGAGCCUGGCACCAACGGCCAGCACGCCUUCUACCAGCUCAUCCACCAGGGCAGUCGGCUCAUCCCGUGUGACUUCAUCGCGCCGGCGCAGACGCACAAUCCCAUCGCCGGCGGCGCACACCACAAGAUCCUGCUGGCCAACUUCCUGGCCCAAACCGAGGCCCUGAUGGCGGGCAAGAGCGAGGCGCAGGCCAAGCAGGAGCUCGAGCAGUCUGGCCUGGCCGGCGAGAAGCUGGCCCAGCUGCUGCCGCACAAAGUCUUCACCGGCAACCGGCCGACGAACUCCAUCGUAGUGAAGCGGGUCACGCCCUUCACGCUGGGCGCGCUGAUCGCGCUGUACGAGCACAAGAUCUUCACGCAGGGCGUCAUCUGGGACAUCAACAGCUUCGAUCAGUGGGGCGUGGAGCUGGGCAAGCAGCUGGCCAAGGCCAUUGAGCCCGAGCUGGCCACGCCAGACCCGGUCAAGUCCCACGACUCGUCCACCAACGGACUCAUCAACUUCCUGAAGGCGAAUUGGUGAGAGGAAGCCGAAUAAUCUCCAUAUCGAAUAUCAGCGGUCAUUAUAUUAUUAUUCAUGGAAAACAGUGUUGUGGUUAUUGUAAUAAAGAAGAAUGCGUUUCAAACGAAA